AAUACGUUUUGACAUGACGUAAACUAGUUUAGCCCUACUUCGAAAACAAGACGCUCAUCUGUUAAUUUAGGAAUUAAAAAUGUUCAACAAAAAGCCCAGGAGAAAUUUUCGACAGAGAAAGGGAGACUCGAGCGAUGAAGAGGAAAGUCAGGGGAAUAUUGCGGAUGGAGCCGGGUCAGAGAAAGCUGUAGCGGUUGUGGCAAUUAAGCCGUCCAGAGUUGGUCACUCCCGUGGAAUAUCAUGCAGCUCGAAGCGAGAGCCGAAUUCAUCAAAGGUGGAUGAGGGUGACGGAGAGGACGUGGAGAUAUCCACGCUGACGGCAGACAAUAAAGAAAAUGACAACGACGACAAUGAUGGCAUCAAGAAGAAAACAAGCACAGUCCUCAGUUUCUCUGACGACAAAGAACCGCUGGAACCUGAGUUUAAACUAAAGAAGUCUGCUGAUAAAGCCGUUUUGUUCCAAGUGAGGAAAAAGGAAGUUCCACCUGUCAGGAUCAACCACGAAGUUGAACCAGAAGGGAUCGUCACAUCUGCUUCUGUCAGGCAAGAUAAUGAAAGCCAAGCAUCACCAUAUAGUUCUCACCAAAGUGAUGACAAUGAUGAGGAAGUGGUGAAUGAUGAGGUGGAUGAUGAUGAUGAUGAUGAUGAUGGAGCUGCCAGUUCCUCUUCAUCGACCUCAAAAUGCAGCUACUCGGCUGUUAAACCAUUUGUGAUCCCCAGUGCAAGGGCCAUCGAAGCAGCUAAGAGGCAAAGGAGGGACAUGAGAGCCCAGAAAGAGUUCAUCCCUCUUGACAAAAAUGGCCGAAACUCCUCCGCUAGCACCCCAGAGCGCUACCAUAAAGAAGAAGUGGAGGAGGAGGAGGAGGAUGAAGACAGGGUCGAUGAUGAUGAUGAUGAACCUGAUGAUCAUGAGAAAAGAAUUGAGUUUGCGCCGCGAUUCAAAACCGUCAAGGAGAGGAUCGCGGAGAAACUUGAGGGAAGUGUUGGCAGUCUGUCAGGGAGUGACGAAGAGGAACAAGAGCUUUGGGAGGAGACCCAAAUUGGGAAGGGAGUCAAGAGACAGCCUGGCGGACAGAGCCCAACAGGCAGUGAGUCCAGCAACUACAGCUGCAGUAGCUUCAAGUACGAUGAACAUCCGAGACUAAAGAAGAAAUCAGCAGGUCUCAAGAUCCCAAAGAUACUCCCCUCCCUCACUGUCUCAAUGGUUAAGAGGAGGAUAGCUGGAACACUGGACUCCCUGAAGGAGGUGCACAGUGCGCGGCGAGCCCAGCUGAGUCGGAUGGAGGGAGAUGCAGAGAGUGCUAAAACCUCUGUGGAAUCUCUGGAGGAAAGCUCCUCAGAAAAACAACUCAAGUUUUACCGAGAUCUGACCCUCUUUUCCCAUAAUUUGGUGGAGUGUCUGCGUGAGAAGGUUGUUGAAAUCAACUCAUUGGAACUAGAGCUGCACACGCUACUGUCGAGCCAGAUGGAGGCGCUGUGCGCCAAGAGACGACAGAAGAUCCAGGAGCAUGCCCAGCACCUACAGCAGCUCAGCUCCACAGAAAACUCCACCAAUGGAACUGACACUCAGAGAGUGGAAGGCACCUGUGAUGAACCUGUGGAAGAUGGCGAUAUGCCUGAAGAUACACUGCUUUCGUGUGAAGAGGAAGAAUAUCUGGAAAAGGAGAUGGCUGCCAUCCUGCUGAAGUCCCAGGAAAUCUUUUCUGACGUUCACGACGACUUUCAUGAUGUUAAAAAGAUUUUAUCUCGCUUUGAAGAAUGGAGAAGCUUCUACUCGGACUCUUACCACAGUGCCUACAUCUCUCUGUGUCUGCCCAAGUUGCUUAACCCCAUCAUAAGGCAUCAGCUGCUUGGAUGGAACCCUCUAAAGGAUACCAGCACAGACUUUGAAAAGCUCCCAUGGUUCACCGCAGUGGAGACCUUUUGUCAUGGCCACGGUCAUGAAGAGUUAGAGCACUUAGAUAGAGAGAUGCUUUCUAAUGUCAUCGAAAGGACAGUCAUACCCAAAAUAACAGCCUUUGUAGACCUGGUUUGGGACCCCAUGUCCCUCCGUCAGUCAACCCAUCUCACUGAGCUGUGUCACCGGCUGAAGGAGGACUAUUCAAUUUUUGAAGGAGAGAAGAGCAAGCCGGUCACGGCGCUCACCAAGGCUGUGAUUGGCCGACUGAGGGUCUGUGUGGAUGAAGACGUCUUUAUCCCAUUGUACCCCAAAAAGCUUCUAGAAGAUAGGUUAUCUCCUCACAGUCACUUUAGGAAUCAACAGUUCUGGAUGGCUAUCAAGCUACUAGGAAACAUGGGAAAAUGGAACCAACUGCUGCCUGAUUCGGUGCUGAAGGAGCUGAUGUUAGACAAACUGCUGUGCCGGUACCUUAUGAUCACCCUUGGCAGCCAGAUGCUGUCCAACACUGACCUUCAAGCAUGUAAAAGGAUUGCAGACAGCCUGCCAACUAGUUGGUUUGGAGGAGAAAAUGAAUGUUUGCCUCAGCUACAGUCUUUCAAAGAUCACCUCAUUCAGAAGGCUCACAACAUUUGUAAACAACAACCUCCCAAAGCACCGGACACAAGGCUUGCAGUGGUUGAAGUGCUGCAAAUUCUGAGCCGAAUGCGAUGCCACAACGCCAUCAUGAGCAUAGCUGAAAAAUACCACUAUGAGGAUGUUAUCUACUCUCAUCAGCUGCUCAAUCAAGAAAUUGAAUGAACUACAAUCAGAUAAAAGCAUAUUUUUUCAAAAAAUGAUAAAAAAUUUCAAGGCUUUUCACUGCCAAGAGAAAGUGUGUUCAUGCGGUUUUUGUAAGCAAUACAGUUUCUAUACAGGAAAGACUAUUUUUCUAAAUAAAAUUACAUUUUAUUCACCAA